ACAGAGUACAUUCUCGCGAUGUUUGCGCUGGUGUCGUCACGAACAUACAAAGAUGGUGACUCGCCGGGCGUCCAUGUGCUUGGAGUGAGCCGAAAGAAAUCAGUUUAAAAAGUCUAUUCAAGUCAGUUGUCUUUUUUACUACCUUAGCCGAGAGGACGAGUGAAUCUUUGAGCUUCACGGCGAACACAAAACCCCCAACAUGCAACACGACGACGUGAUUUGGGACAUUAUCGGCAACACGCAGUUCUGCUCCUUCAAAAUCAAGACCAAGAGUCAAAAGUUCUGUCGAAAUGAGUUCAACAUCACCGGCCUAUGUAACCGCUCGUCUUGUCCGCUGGCCAACAGUCAAUACGCCACCAUUCGGGAGGAGAAAGGUCAAUGUUUCCUCUACAUGAAGGAGAUUGAGCGAGCGGCGUUUCCUGCCAAAUUGUGGGAAAAGGUGAAGCUGAGCAAAAACUACGAGCGAGCGCUGGAGCAGAUCGACGAGAACCUGAUCUAUUGGCCUCGCUUUAUUCGUCACAAAUGCAAACAGCGCUUCACCAAGAUCACGCAGUACUUGAUCCGCAUGCGCAAGCUCGUCCUCAAGAGGCAGAGGAAGCUGGUACCUUUGAGUCGUAAGGUGGAGCGUCGAGAGAAGCGCAAGGAGGAAAAAGCUCUGAUCGCAGCGCAGUUGGACAAUGCCAUAGAGAAGGAACUGUUGGAGAGACUCAAGCAAGGGACGUACGGUGACAUUUACAACUUCCCCAUCGUGGCCUUCGACAAAGCUAUGGGUCAGCAGGACGAAGAGAGCGAAGAUGAAGAGGAGAGCGAGGAUGAGGAGGAGCUGGAGCGAGAUGACCAGGACGUAGGCAAGAGGGAGUUUGUCGCCGCCGAUGAAAUAGAAGAGAGCGACCUAAGCGACUUUGAGGAAAUGAACAACUUGAGGACGAGCAGCGACGAGGAGCAAAGUGACCAAGAAAUGUCAACGGAGGAUGACGAAGAGGGCAAAAAGAGGAAAGGGUCACGCGGGAAAGGCAAAUCUCCAGCCAACGGCUCCGCGGUGCGAAGGAAGCGAGCAUAUGUGGAGAUUGAGUACGAGCAGGAAACUGAGCGGCCGGGUGAAAAGAGCCUCGCCACGUAGGUCGAUUGACAUGUCAAUCAAACUGAACUUUGUCGUGGCAUUUUGGCCAACGACACCAGCUCAGCACCAGGUCAUAAAUGGGCUGAAAGAUUCACACAAGUAACGCUGCCAUUGUCAGCAACGUACAGUCGUUAAGUGUUACUUUACUGCUUCAUCUAAACUUUGAUGAUGAGGCCAGCAUAAAAAUAUUGGAUGAAUGAAAAGCUCAAAUGUCAAUAAGUUAAAUGUUUGCAUUUUUUUCUCCCCAUGAGUAAAAUACACAGAAUAAAACAAGCCUAAGAGUAAGGUCCAUGAAAUGAAUAUUUUAUUCAUUAAAACGUGACAACCCAUAUG